AUGUUCAGGAAGGAGGACUUCAUCUUGGCACCGACAUUCAAACUAUAUAAGGACCUGAUGGAGUAUAUACGCCACGCAAGGGUGGCUGCAGGGCAAGACCACGAGACACCACGUCGACCAUUGACUGCUCUGGGAUCACCUGGAGGUCUAUAUCGCUACGUAGUCAUCCCUCGGACCGAUGCUGGUGCAGCUUUGCUGAAGGAAUUCGACCUUCCAUCCCAGACUAGGGAGGACAUGUGCGGCGGGUUUCAUCCCAUACUGAACUUUCCUUUACUAGCGGGGUGUGCCGACUUUCCGGUCGUGGAAUGCUGCGUGCAUCCGUUCUCGGUCUGCGCCAUGAUCAACAAGACCCUGCGGCAGAACAGCACUUCCGUGACAGCGCAAUGGCGUUCAUGCGUGCGCAAAGUGGCUGACCACUGGCAGUCUAAGCUGACCAAGCCGCCUCAAUGGUCCAUCGAUACGCCAAAGGUCGAGUCCUACGACGAAGCGCUCACACCUUCGGAGGCGACGGGCUACAUCCCUUAUGCUCCCGAGGGCCUCGUCGUACCAAAGCCGUACAGCGUCCUUCGUGAUACCGAGAUCCCCGAGGACGACUUCCGGAAGGGAGUUGCGCGCUGGGCGUGCAAAGUCGAACCCAACUCCAAGCCGAAGGAAGACCCGCCACACAUACUGUACAAACUGCGUCGUUCCAAGCGACUUCAGAAGAAACCAUACGCCUCGCCAUCGCCUGACCUUUCGCCGCCCUCUCCCGUCCGCAAUGGCCCGCGCGCAGCGCGUGCUGCCAGGCGAGACCUCGUGCGACAGCCACCGCCUUGGGAGAGAUCCUACGGCCGAUUCCCCACGGAUACAUUCACCAGUAACGAUUGGGCGUACUUCAAUUACCACGUCGCGUUGGGCGCACCUGUUGUAUCCUGA